GAGGAUCUGUAGCAUUUCUUGUGCAGAUCUGGUGCAAACAGAUUUUCUGAAUUUCUUUUAUCUGAAUAUGGCUUUAUUUCACACUCACUCUUGAAAGAUAUUUUUGGGGAUGUAGAAUUUUGUUCGCAAACUUUUUCCUUUCAGCCCUUUAAAGAUGUUCCACUGUCUUUUUGUCUUUAUGCUUUUUGAUGAGCCGUCUGUGAUCACUCAAACAUUAAUCCUCGAUUUCAACAAAGAAAGUACUGAUCUAUAACUGUAACAGUAACAAAUUCAGACACAGCAAAUGACAUUAUCAACAUGUCACUACCAAUGCUAGGAAUAACUGGCUCCGAGAAAGACCACCAGCUGUGGGUGAGUUCUGGCAAGGAAACGGCCCCACGCCUGCUCAUUGGACAUGAACAUCCCUAUGGAAUUAAAAUGAGCCAUCUUCCAUCUACUACACUGCUGCCACAGACACCGGAGGACUCCAACUCCCCUUCUACCCUCCAGGAGUCCCUCCUUCUGGAGCAGGGCAUCGCAGAGAUGCAAGGCCAGUUCAUCCUGAAGCCCAGGCACCUGACCCAGAACCAGCAAGGGAGAGACUCAGGCCAGAAUACAGUUAAAAGGCGUUCUUUCAGAAACUGGGCCUUUAGGCCAAGCGCGAGCCCUUGCCAGGACAACCAGUGCACAGUGCCACCUUCUGCAAAGCCAGGACAGCUCUUCAGAGUUUCCCUCAUGGAUGUGUGUGACAAGGACAACUUGCCCUCUGCAAUUCUGGUAGGUUUUCUCAUUUUGGUCUUCAAUGGCCCUCCUGAGGAGGACAAACUCUGAGAGGCCAAGUGUUCUCACCCAAAUCUAUCCCCAAAUGGAGAAAUCAUUAGACAGCCCCUGACUUUGGCUGAGAA